AUCUGUAGCAACUGACGUCACACAUGGCCGGCUGAUGUCAAUUCCAGAACUCACUGUGCUUUGCAGAACGUAAGUUUUCCUUCUUAAACAUUUUCCUCGCUUGUAACUGAAACCGUGAAGCGCGAUUUGCUCGUUGGAAACUUGCGCACCUAUGGUGACAUAAUUUGUGUACAAAAUUUGUAUUUUUUCCCUUAUUAAAAAAACAAAAAACAACCUUAGCAACUUUGUAAAUCAACGUUAACUGAUUGUAUAGCAACGCUAAAUCUCCUUUGCAACGAAGCGUCGCACAGCGUUUGCCGAACGACAAAAAACGAUACACUCUAGUUAUUUUACAUUCCGUGUAAAGACUAGAAAGCCUGCUAUUUGAGACGACUGCUUUCCCAACACGCCAGUGGUGCCCCUUACACACUUAACCCUUAAUUGACCUUUAGCAACAUCGCUGACCCCAACGAUGCCCCCCCCAAACCCAACUUGCAAGUUGUGUGAUGCUACAUUCCAAUACAAUAUACCUUAACAUGGCUCAACAUGCUUAUGUGUUGUCGUUUUAUUUGAAGACACUUAAUGGUGCCUUAUAUUUCAGUCAAGUAUUAUCAAAUGUUAUAUAUAAGAUUUUUACCUUCAUGUAUACCAGCUCUCAGUAUAAUGAAGAAAAGAAAAGAUAGCUAAUGAAUUCAGUCUUGAAUUUUUAUAGUACCAGUACACUGUCUAUAGAGUAUGACAAUGGCAUUGGGUUCUGCUAAAAUAACUCGAUCGUUCCCAAUGUACACACACCUCAGACCUCAGGAGUAGAUUGAGCCUGGGCGUGGUUGGUGAUUGCUAAGGGAUGUCACGUGGCCAGGUGCCCUUAAUCUGUCUCUAUCUAAGAUGGGCGCAAAACUGACACAAAAAAUAUUACAGAAAGUUGCUUUAAGAAAAGAGAUGGAUUCAUUUGAGUUACCUCAGGGAUUUUCCAUGUUCUAUGAAUCUCAUCAGUUAAAUGUUGCCCCCCCCCCCCCCAACAGUGUUUUAAUCCAAUCCGCCUUACCCAAGAUGAUCAUCACAGAAUCAAACCUUUAUUAGUAGUUUUUUGCUGUUUUUUGUUUUUGUUUUUUUGGUUGAGCUGUAAAUCAAAUUAAACUGUAUAAACAUUCUAUUUAUCCCUUUUUUAUAGGGCCUUGAAUAAAACAUCAGAUAUGAUUCAGCCUUACUACAUAUAGUGGGUAAGUUAACAUCCUAAAGCAUCAAGCUUCGGCGGUUUCCGAAUAAGGUCGCGAAGGCGCCUUCCACAUCCUGCUAGUUAAAAUGAUGCACCGGGAGACGGGAAAUGCUGCCGCCGUCACUGGAUACAGGGGGGGCCUUGAACCAGGAUCCGCCAUGAAUUUGUUCCAAGCCUUGUCGAGUGAUAGUGAUGAAAUUCAGCCUGAUGCCUCUCCAAUCGAGGUAAGUGAUAGAAUGAAUAGAGAUAUUGAAACAGUAUGUCCAAAGCUAUGAAAGUUUUCUAGUUUGUUUAAAAUACAAAACAAGUCUGAGGGAUACGCACAAUAUGUUUGCUUCGAACACAACUUUUUCCAUUCUCCGAGACCAGUAUUGCUAAUCACUCUCACAUUGAUGAAUUUUCAGAAAAUUCUACGACUUUAGCCAUAGAUUUAAGAAAUAUUGUCUGAAACCUAAUAUUUCAAUAUGUCUUUAUUUUCAAUAGUUUAAAUAGAACUUUAGAUUGUAAAAGUGAUGAGAUGUUUUGUACAAGGGCUGUAUUUGGUUUAGUGGCGUUGGUUUUCAUGACCGCUGUAAGUGUAAGCAUCCAAUUGGCACCAUUUUUUCCCCAAAGGUUAAGAAGACCAAAGUAAGGGGGAGCCAUGAUUACACAGCAGAUAUACAAACCCCACGCCAGAAGGAAUUAAGAGCCAAUAAAAAAGCCACCAAUAAGGUAAGAUAAUAAAUGAUCAAAAUGACCAAUAGAAUGAAUAGUAUGAGUGUAGUGGACUGAGAAUGAACAAUCAACUAUGAAAUGUCCAGAAGAUUUCAAUUCAGAUGAGAAAAUGAACAUGCCACAUGGGUUUAAGGAAAUGACUUUUUAAAAUUACGAUGGUCACCAAUCUUAAUAUAUCGCCCUCCUGUCGGUUAUUUACCACCAGGUGCCGGCCAAUCAAUGUUCAGUUCUAUACAUGCAAUUAGGAGAAGUACAACAACAUCCCAAAAAUCAAAAGUUGAAAAGUGUUAACUGUUUUCAGGGUGCCUACCGCGGGUUCGAGCAGAGAAACUGUCCCAUGACCAAUUGAAUAAAAUCGAAUAUUUAUAAUGACCGCGGAACUCUAGGAGAACUCUUUGGUGAAUGUCAAAAUACAUUAGAUUACACAUUGGGUUCGAUCGAAAAUCCAAGAUUAAAAAUAUGGAUCAUUUCAUAACUUGCAAAUUAUAUUUCAUCACUUAAAUUUUCAUUUGGUAACGCUUUCACAACAAACCAACGAUAUUCAGAAACGAACUACUUUUUUUUUUUUUCAGAACGACAAUCUUCGCAGUGACUCCGGCAUGCUGAAAGCAAGCUCUAAACAAAACACAAUGAAUAAAUCGGACAUUUUCCUAUCGAAAGAUGUCCUCGAGCGAUUGGCGGCUCAAGCUGAGGAGAAAAACAUACCAGCAAAGCGCACCACGAAGAAUGCUGGCAAGUCUGAAACAACCAGCUUAAAAAACAAAUCUGCCUCUGCACAGAAGCCAGAGUCGCCCGUGACUCCUGUCACUAAACCUAUUGCCAAAAAGAGGGCGCCCAAAGCUGCCGUACGCCCCUCAACGCUGAACAACACAGCCGUAUCCAAAGUGCCAGAGUCCGAUUCCAUCAGCAUCAUCCCGAAGACUGACAUCAGUAAUAAAUUAAGCGGAGUCAGUGGAAUCAAACGGGAAGAAAACGAGCAAACAAAUACUGAUCAGCUUUUAACACAAUGUCCAACGACAUUUUCGCUAGAUGUCCCCACUACUGUUGAGAUCACCGUGAAGGACGCGCCUGACGCGACAUUGUGUGGAGUCUGUUCACAGAAGAACUGCCAGUCUGACGUCUGCAAGAGUCUUAAUGACAUCAUCGACGCAACAUGUAAAAAGGACUUUAAAUUCUCUAGGGAUUCUAGUGAAGAUUCUGGUUGCUAUUCAAACCUUUCCAGGCAAAGUACAACCAUGGAACCUGCUGGUGGCCUCGAGGUCGUGAAAGAAGACAACGCUGCUCCUGCCCAUGAGGUUAACGAGGCAGAUGCAAACAAAACUUCCAUUACUCAGUGCGGCACGUGCGGUUCAUGCAAAAGCGACAUGCCCACGCGGGAAAACGGUUUGUGCAAGAACUGUUGGAACAAGAUAAAGAAGGAAAGCGGGCGAAUAGGGACAUUAGAUGAAUUUAGAGCUUACGCGAAGUCCAUUGCUCAAAGCGUCAAACGGAUUUUGGACAUUAGGCCAAAGAAAGCAAAAGAGGAACCGAGCAUUGAUAACAAGAUUUUUGAGCAAAAUGAAAGUAAACAGGAAGCCAUUAUAGAGGCAAAAAAAGGAAAAGCAGAAGGUGCAUUUCAUCGUUUCAAAACCGAGAUACCGUUGGUGUAUCCUGCUGACCCACGGGGUAAAACUUCCCUGAACCGCAGUGCAUCAUACGAUGGGAAAAUCAUACUUGUUCCAGACGACGAGCACAUUGGACUUGAUGUUGUGGACAUUUCAUCGACAUCAACUGCAUCCAUAGACUUGAAGGCACGCUCUGAUAGUCUCUGUUACAAUUUACCCAGCAUGGACGAAAGAGAGAUGCUUCGAAUGGAAAAAUAUUUGGAAAAUCGAAAGAAGAAGCUUUUCCGAUCCAAAGCUCUGAGGGGGGAAGAAUCUUCUAGCAGCUUGAUUUUAAGCCGUAGCGACGAGAAGACGAAAAUGUUAGCACCCAAUGUUCGUCACUCUAAAAUACGCAAGAGCGUGGAGCGAGCGGGUACGGAUGGAGAUCUUAGGCCAAAUGUCCUUGGUCAAAAAAAUGUCAAGCGACAAGGAAAAGAAAUGGAAGUUAAAAAGAUUCGUGAACCUGAUGCGGAUAUCGUCGAGUUUGGUAAACGUUUGCAUAAAAGUGACAAAGACAACAAAAACGCUUUAAGAAUGUCUAUGAUGAAAGUAAUCAACGAAGGGACGCCCGUUGAUCCACCCGAAAGCGGGGACAAAAAAGCACGAAGGACAGCCUUAAGCCGCAGUGCCACGGUCCCGUACAAAAUCUACGCAGUCAAAAAAGAUAGCACAGUGAAAGAGAAAAGUGCCAAAAAAUCGGACAGUAUUCUGAAAUCGACCAGAUCGAGUACCAAGAUAACGAUGAGAGCGAAUAAAGCGUCUUCGCUAAGAAAAGAGAACAGCAUUAAGGGAAAGGAAAAAUCGAGCUCGUUACCAGGUGGCCCCAUGGAGCUCUGGCGGGGUGAGCAUAAACUAACCCAAAAGGGAAGGUCGACCUCUUACGACGGCUCCUUUUCUAUGUAUGCUAAGAAGCACACGGAGGUCGUCAGAAGCAGAUCCAGAUCCACUAUUCGCGAGGAGCAGGAGACAAAGAAUUUAAAUGUGGCUUUGUUGAAAACAAAAAAAUCAAACGACAGUGAUUAUACGCCAUCAGUGUCGGUCAUCCCAGAAAUUUCAGCGAAAGCUAAAAAUAUCAUGGCGUACAAAGCUACUGAUCAAGUUUACAGUGGCGCUAUUCUAGGCCAAGCGUUAAAGGAAAAGGAGAUUAAUUUUGUUGAAAAUCCGGUAGCUGCACACACUGCUGUGAAGACCUUGGUGGCCGUGGACGAAUCUUACUGCGAUGGUGUCAAGCAUCUCCCCUAUGCACUGGAAUGUCAGCUAACGGCAAAAAGACAAACCACUGAAAAAUCCGAAAGCUAUUAUCGUGAUAAAGUUGCCGCCUCUCUGAGCAAAGUCAGCGAAACGUCAAAUGAAGCGGAUGAUUUUUCCAAAACAGAAGUAGAAGAGACCCUGUCAGAGAAGACGGCCGAUGUGUACACUGUGGGUAAAGUUGUCAACAACUAUGACUCCACAUCGUACUACGAAGGGCAAGAAUCAGCGUUGUCAAAAAGGGAUCGUUCACACGAAAGUAAAUCCAGCACCAGUUUCCAUCUUGUCACGAGCGUAAAGGGCAGCCAUUCGGACGUGGCUCUGAUGAGGUCACAAGGGAUGCCCGACUACGCAACGUACAGAAGGCAGAGCGGUAAUCCAGAAUCUGACGUGGACACGGGUGUCAUCUACCAUUUCGGAAAACGCCAGACAACAAGGGCGCACGUUCCGCCGUACCACGAUCUCACGGCGGGGAUAGCCCUGUACACCAUGAGCGGUGACGUCAGCUCGUCCGAGAGUUCGUUCAGCGGCACGAGCGUUAAAAGCGAGGUCAGUGACAACAUGUACACCGGAGGCUUCUACAAGGAUCCCUUUUAUGAACAAGAAAACAAUGGGGACAGCAGCUCGGCCAGUUCAUCCUGCCAUCUGUACUUUGAGCCAAACGAAGUAGCCAACAAACAGGAGACAAGUGAUCACGAUCUGUACACCGGCGGUGUGUUCAGCAGUAACCUGAACGCCAUUUCCCUGGGCUACCAGACAGGUAGUGACCACAGGGUAAGCAGUGACUUUUCAAAAAACGGCAGUACCAAUAACUCCACGAGACCCACCUUAAACAGACUGUCUCGUCGUCAAAGAGCAAGGCCACGAAUUGAUUUUGUUAUGGAUUAUAACAUCGAAGCCCUGGGAUACAACCAGGCCAAUGCGAUGAUCCCGUGCGUCGGGAGCGAUGCCAUGGAUUGGUCCAACAAUAGCAAUAAUGGACAAACUUACAGGAUGACGACGUUAAAUGAAGAGACGUCUCGUCCCACAAUCACGCUGACCGAUGAUUCGGCUUAUACGGACUACGUAAGAAAUCACCGUCCGAAACCUCCCACAAGCUCACGAAGUGAACACCCUUUCCAGCGUGGUUUCGACUUCUCCAAGUAUGAAAUUCAGGAAGCCGCAAACACGGGAUUCUUUUUCCAAACUCCGAAAAAGCCAGACCAUGAAGACAUUUGGUACAGAGGACCGUAUGUGCAGCCGUUCCCCGUGGUAAAUAACCACGAACGCACUGCUGACUAUCAAAACAUGGCACGGUUCCAGCAAAGUCAGGAAGAGGAUGAUAACUAUACAAAUAUAAUAUGUCCUAAGUAUAGAAAUAACAACAAUUCAAACAGCGUGGAGGAUGAGAAUGUUAACAACAAUCAUCUAGAACAUGAGAAUAUUAACAACAAUCAUCUAGAACAUUUCUAUACGGGAGAUUACAGCAAUGAGCCACCAGAAGCCAGGGCCCCACCACCACCACCUGAACCCAUCUAUGAAGAUCUGCCAUCUAAGUACGCGUCACCAUUCUAUCUCAGAUCCGGGGUAACGACGCCCCAGUCGCCCCCUCCACAAAUGUUUUCUCGACCGGAUAUGACCUACUCGUCAUCCGGCACGUACGGGGGUUCUCAUGACAGUUACAUGGGAGGCUACAGCCAGGGGGAUACGGGAUAUGCACAUGGCUUGUCCGGUUACUCAUCCCCUUCUAACCAUUAUGGGCAAACUCGACCUGAAAAAUUGUCUUCAUCAUACACACGGGCGAACCAGGAGGAUUCGCCUUGGACUGGGUACGACCAAGCACACACCCCGCUGCCUCAAGGCAAGAGGUCGGGUAGAACAAGCGACUACGAAGAGUUGCCAUCCCAGAGAUAUGGUGUGCCUCAAAAUCAGCAAGAAGAAAGGGACAGCUAUUUUGAUUACACCGCCAGUCGCAACCCUUCUGCGAGUCAGUACGUUGAAAGCAGUCUUGGCAGUCCAUUCUCCCCUUUUGGGUUAUCGAAAUCCCCUGCCGUCGUGCCGGUAGUCAAUGAGAUCAAGAAAGUCGGCGGUAUUGUGUGUCGUGAAAAUGUCGUCAACAAGGAAGACUACGCCGAAGAUGUCAACAGAGAUCUUAUGGAUGAGCCGGGGGCCUGGGUGUCUUUUAAGUACAGGGCAGAAGAAGAUUGUAGAAAUUUAAAGGAAAUGGCUGGUGCCCGGAAUCUCAAGUCAGAAGUGUUUGGAGCCUCAGACGCGGCAAAUGCAAUAUCAAAAUUAGCUAAAACGAACGAAGAGAGUCCGUAUGCUCACAACCAUGUUUACGAUAAUCAGGGUGCGAGAAACAACUGGAGGGAGAUGAAUCAAGAUCACGGGGCAAAAUGGCGCGAUUCACGGGAAGCCACCAAGCAAAAGCCUGUCGCCAAACCAGAUCCUAAAAAAGAGCAUCCAAAUAAGACGACCUGGAGACCGUCCGAUCAGAUACCCGAGCGUGCAAUGGGAAAACGUCCACCGCCACCUGCCAAACGACCGGUAUCUCCUACCGUAUUGGAUGGCAACAACAACACGAGCCUACCCGGUACCGGAAACAGUAAGUAAAGUUUGACUUUUGCAUCCCAAGCAGCAAGCAAAGGAAACAUCAGCUGUAUUGCUAUCGCUAACUUUAACGAAAGCAAGACCUUGAUAGAAUACACUAUUAUCUCAGCUCGUCACGUAGAGCUAUGGACUCUUGAUACAGUACCGUCAACGAACUGCUUUGUCAGUUUCCCCUCUGAGAUGCAGCCAUUCAACAACGCUCUUUUAAAUCAAGCAGUAGCUCUAGCUGAAACCAUUUUAAGUCCCAUGUUUGAAAUGUAGUUCUAUGCCCCCGUAACAGCAAAAGACACCAGACAUACAAAAAGACAAAUGUUGGCUAUGUGCAUUAGGCGAGGGACUAUUCAUUUACAUCUUUAUCGCAUGUCAUAGCCAUUACAUGGCGUGUAAGCGGCCCCUGAAGAAAUAAAUUGUGGCCGUAUUGGAUUCGCCGAAGUUCACGACACUUACAAAACGAAGUUCGUGGAACCACUAUUUUCCAAGAUGCAUUGGGGGGGAAAUCCUUAAAAAAAUAUCUCGUGUGGUUAAGCUAAUCCUUCCACCUUCCUGAAAUGUAGACACAACGGCUUCUCCCGGGAUGUCACCGAAGUUUUGAUGGUGUCGCAGAACUGGCCGCGAACUCUGGCACAAUUUACGAUUCAGUGGCAGCUUGGACGCUUAACUAAGCUUUCCCUUGUUGCAGAAGUUUGGUCAGCUGUCACGUGGAUCCCAUCCCGCGUCGGCGACAUCGUUAAGAAAUUUAUUUAAAUGGAUUCCUGGCCCUGGCAGCACGAAGCCUGGACCCGAACCUAGGACGGUCAAUCCUAUCUUCACAAUGUGGACGAUUAAACAAAAAAAAGAAACUCGACAUCGGAUCGUCUUAGUUGAAUAGUUGUUGCAGUAAGUACCGUUACUAAGUAUUGCACUAAAUAAAGCUCACUUUCUUAAAACAUUCGUAGUUUGCCGAGUGAAAAAGUAUGACGAUGAAAAGAAAAAUAUUUUAAAACGCUGCUAUAUUGAAAUACUAAAAAACAACAACAUUAAAAUUGUCGCUUAACAAGGGAAAACGCUGAUAGCUACAAAUUCUUUAACUUGUCUGGUUUCUUUUGCAUUUGAUCAAAUGUUGACAUUGGCUUUAGAAGCUCGUGAACGUUAGGCUCCGACGAGUUAUCCUUUUUCUGUCAUUGACAAUUUUGAAUCAAAAUCAAAACAAAUGCCGUAAUAUUAAGUUUUAUUUUUUAAAAAAAAAACUUAAUGUCUCUUUAAAAGGAAACUUAUUUGUGAAUGUAAUAUGUCAAAACUAUUAAAUUUUUUGGGUAAACCACGCUUCAAAUAUAAUAACAAUUUCUUUGCCAUUUAAAAAAAAAAUGUGGGUACAAAAUAGUAGUUAUGGAGUAAACAUGUUUUAUUCAAUCUUAAAUAUGUGGAAAUGUUAGUGAGUACAAUUUAGUACAAUACAUACAUUCUUUCCCCAGUGUCACCUAAAACUCCUUCAAAGAUAAAUCGAAUCCAAUAUUCCAGUAGUCCCUGUGUUAAAAGUGACCCACCGAAGACUAAGUGGAGAAAUUCAGUUGUAGACCAUCCACACCCUCGGGCCCGAGCUAAGGCCAAAAAAACUCCCCAAGCUGAGGCAAGGUACAUUUCCAAUGUGGUCCAAGUGGAUGAGAUGAUGUUCAUCAGAGCACGCAGGUGUUCGGGCGACAGUGACGGGCAAGAGGUUCAACUCGAUCUCAUGGGGAGCAGCCCCGCGAAGAAGGACAACUCAAAGCAGAUUCCUCAAGUAAGAUUCAUAUUCCUCCCUAACUAAAGAUUUGUUUAUCUAAGUUUAAAUGAGAUGUGAGUUGCUAUAACGCUGCCAAAUUAUUUUAAAUGAACAUGUACAUUUACCUGUUUCCUUAAAUAUAAGGUUUUAGAAAUCAUCCGAGCGAUCUUUAUGGACGACGAAAGUAUUUUUGAUUUCGAGGCAGCGGGUUGACGUAGCAAAUCUUUAUGAAUUUCAGUCAACUAUUUCUCAUGGUGGUCAAUUUAAACUACUUUGUAGUACAGUGGUUCCCGCAUUCCACUUGUGAUUGGUAUAACAUUAAAGUAGUAAAGUGAGACUCGUACUUACUGCAUGCGAGUAUCAGACCAAAUAAAGGUAGUUGUCAAUGAUGAUUUGGGAAAACCGCUUAUUUUUUGUCAAGGCGUACAUUUUCUUUUCCCCUCGUUCUCUACCGUCUUUCUUGGGAAUAGAAAAAAAACACGAAAAUUGACCAAACAAGGGUAUCUCAAUGACUUCAUCACAGAAACAGCCGCCAAAAUAAUCGAACAUGUAUCUUACCUUGCUCAUGUGUGAGACACAACCGUCGCUGCUUUCGUAACAAUUUCUACUUGUUUAUUUUCAGAUUACCAAUAACUUCCAUCUUGAUACGCAACCACUUUUCCCAUUGCACUGUGUCACGAGGCCAACGUGGAUUCUUCUAGAAACACCAAACAUAAAACCGAAGGAAGUUCAAAUACCAGGCAGGAUCCCAUCAGGUGAAAAAUCGGGUCAGAAAUCUAUUGUCGCAAGUCCAAAAACAAUAUCACCUGGAAAAACAAAUAGCUACAAGAGUGAGGAGCGAGAUAGUCUACCAACGAGAGAAGAAAUUGAAGAAUAUCACAAAGAUGAGAAACAAGCUGGGGAUACCGUCAAUGAUUACGUUGUAGAUGAUAAACAAGCUUCCGAAACUCCAAAGGAAAUUGGGGAUAAUGCACAAGCUGCCGAAACUCCAAAUUAUAUGGAAGAACAGUCUGAGGAUGCUAUAACAGCUUCUGAAACUCCAAAGGAAAUUGAGAAUGACAAAGUGGAUGAUGAGCGAGCGUCUGAAACUCCAAAGGAAAUUGAGGAUAAUGUGCAAGCUGCUGAAGCUCCAAAUUAUAGUGAAGAUCAGUUUGAGGAUGAAAUGCCAGCUUCUGAAACUCCAGAGGAAAUUGAGGAUAACAAUGUUGGCGAAACGCUAAAGAAAAUUGAAGAUGAGCUUGAGGGUGAUAUAAAAGCUUCUGAAACUCCAAAUGAAUUUGAAGAUCAGAAUGAAAAGCAGGCCGAUGAAACAGCAGAGAAAGUAGACGAUGAGAAUGAGAAAAAGUCAGAUGAAAUAGCAGAGAAAUUAGCCAUGGCUGAUCCAAACACCUCUAAAAUCGAUGAAACCAAAAUGUCCUCUGACAGUGAUCCCUUUGAACAUCUGAAAACACCUGACUUUCUAACUGACCAAAUGAGUAAGUUUGAUAUUUAUCCCCAAGAUAUUUUUCAACCCAAAAUGACUGAAACAAGGUCAUCAAAUGGAAGAGUCUCGAAACAACCCAGUGGAAUACAAAGUGGAUCCACAGUUGAUAGCCACACGGAUCGACAGGUCAAAGAAGCCAUCUCACUUAAUGCAACAGUUGAAAGUCCAUUAAAAGCAGCUAGUGGCAAAAUCAAGGAACAAAGAGAGUUUGAAGCUGACGACGCCAUUAAAGAAGCUGUUCAUCAAAUAAAUAUAGAAAACAGCAGAAGACAAGAACACGAAGUGUCUGAAAGGGAGCAACAGAAAUAUUUUAUGAUGACUACAAUAUUGAUGAAAAAAAACACAAUACAUAUGCCCCAGCGAAAGAGAGAGCCUCGUCUGUGGCAGCCCUGAGAGCACAGUUGUUAGACCUCGGUGAGACAUCAGUCAUCCACUCAAGGAUUCAAGGAAUUCGACAUCUUAGCAUUCUCUGUGUUAAUAACAAGCACUUUUAACAGCAGCAGUACAUAACUCUUCAAGAAACAUUUAUUUUCUCAUUGGAGCCACAUGAAAUAAUUUUCUUUAAAAAAAAAAACGUUUAAUACAGUUUUUUUUACAUGCUUCAGAUUUAACUCUCUAGAACAACUCAAGUACAUUUAAUGGUGUGGUCAUUUUUAACUACAGGAAUGAUGUCAUAACACACUGGAAUAACCCAACAAUCGAUUUCUUAAAGGUGUGUUGUGUUAUGAGAAAAACAUCUUAUAGGCUCGGUGGGGUCCAGUCCACAAAAUAUUCUACCCAACAGCUAUUUUCCAAUGUUCCACAACUCCAGUCAUCAAUUUAAUGCAAGGCCAAAUUUUGGGUUAAAUAGUAAAAAAACGCCAUUUGUAUCGAUGAAAGAUUUGUUGUCAAUUAGUCAAGAAGGAGUCUAUUAGAAGUUUGAAGAGACUUUGAGUAGCAUAUUAGAGCAGAAAUGGCUGUACAUACUACCAACAAGCAGAUAAACUACAGAUACAAAAAAUAUUUGUACAUUCAACAAUCUACAUUAUCAUUCAAUGGAACAGUGGAUAUUUUGUGAAAAGGAAGUUUUCCAUUUUUGCUGUAAAGGCAUUAACAAAAGUAAUCAACAUAUAUGUUAAAAAUGUUUGUAAAAUAGUCAGCCUUAAAUUUUUAAAAUAAAUAUAUACAUUGAUAUUAUUUAUACAAGAUAUUUCGUCACUUACCAACAUUUACUGAAGAGAAAACAAAAUAUAUUGAAAACUUAAACAGAAUUUUCAUUAUUUUGACUGUUGAAGAUGGGAAAAAAAAACUUUAAAAAAUGACUUUUAGCCUAUUGCUUUAAAACUCUGCCUCCAUUUUCAUACCACAAUUUAUUUCUUUUAAUAUAUUUCAUACCUGAUAGAAUGUCUCUUCAACCUUUUGAGGAAUAUUAAUUUCUUCUUGUGAGCACUUGGGAUGAAUAAAGCACUGCGGCACACAUGG